GGAGAGGGCGGACAUUUACUAGAUAUUCUCAGAUACUUUAGCGGAUGUAGUGAAUAUUGACACUUUCAAAAUGCGUUCUUAAUUGGUUUUGAACGCCUGCUGUUUUGAGGAAAAUUAAUCUGUCAUGUUCCAAGGAUGUCAGUGCUUUUGACAUUUGCAUGAUUUUUGUGGAUUAAUACAAAAUAUGUGAACUUUGGUGGAGCAGGAAAGACGAGGUUGGCGAAGUGGUACAUGAACUUUGACGAUGACGAGAAACAGAAGUUAAUUGAGGAGGUACAUGCCGUGGUAACCGUUAGGGAUGCUAAACACACGAAUUUUGUUGAGUUUCGAAACUUCAAGAUCGUAUAUAGAAGAUACGCCGGCUUGUAUUUCUGCAUUUGUGUCGAUGUAAACGACAAUAACCUCUGCUACCUAGAAGCGAUUCACAAUUUCGUGGAAGUCUUGAAUGAAUAUUUCCACAAUGUCUGUGAGCUGGAUUUAGUAUUCAACUUUUACAAGGUAUAUACUGUAGUCGACGAAAUGUUUCUAGCAGGAGAAAUUAGGGAAACGAGCCAAACCAAGGUACUCAAACAACUUUUAAUGCUCAAUUCUUUAGAGUAGCCUUGUUUAAUAAUGUUAAUACAAUUUAAACAAUGCCCAGAUAUAAAUAUAAUAAUCUAUAUUCUCAAAUCUGUAUUACUAAUAUAUUACACCUGAUGUCACAAAACAGUAUUUAUAAAUAGGAUUAAAUGAAUGUUUAAGAAAUUAAAUAAAUUCGCCGUUAUUAUAA